AUGAGUCUUGGCCCUGCCCCAACGCGUCUACGCCAGAUUGCCCUUGUCGCGAAGGACAUUGAACGCGCGAAGCAACUGAUUACGCACGUCCUAGGAACAGAAGUCGUCUUUGAAGAUCCGGCUGUCGGGCAAUGGGGUCUGAAGAACUUCUUGGUACCAAUCGGCGGCGACUUUAUCGAGGUGGUCUCGCCCUUUAAGGAGGGGACGACCGCUGGACGAUUGCUCGAGAGGCGUGGUGAAGGAGGAUACAUGAUAAUUAUGCAGACCGAAGACGCGAAGAAGCGGCGCGAACACAUCGAGGCGAAGGGACUGUCCAGAGUUAUCUUUGAGCAUGAUCUCGGAGACUCUGUGUGCAUUCAGUACCAUCCGAGGGGUAUCAAGGGCGGCAUCAUGCCUGAACUUGAUUCCCAUGUACCCGAUCCGAAAAAUCCCACACCAAUUCAGUCUCGCUUCUCUCCAUGGCACGCCUGCGGAUCAGACGUCGAGCGUUAUACGACUAGCAUGAAAAGGACUCAGCACCUUACGCUAGAAGGCUGUGUACUUCGCCUGCAGCCCGGCGACCUUGGUCACGAAGCGGCCGCGCGAGAGUGGGAAGGAAUAUUCGGCGUCGCACGGAUCCGUGACCUACUCGCUUUCACAAACGCAAGACUGGGAUUCAUCCCAGGGAAAAAAGGGCAAUCAGAGGGCCUUGUGUCGAUCACGAUCGGUGUAAAGGGCAAAUCCGAAUACGACGCCAUCUUGAAAAGAGCUCGUGAUGCAGGCCUCUGGAAUGACGGGGGGAUCGACAUGUGUGGUGUAAGAUGGCAUCUUGCUCUGACAGGCCACGGCGCGUCUCAGGGGAAGCUGUAG